GCCCAGCCCAGCCCAAGCGCGCGUCCUUCCAAUGCGCCUGGCCGAGAUGAUCAAGAAGAUGAGCCCCGGCGAGGCGGAAUUCAACAUCCCGGCCAAGAACUGCUACCGCAUGGUGGUGCUGGGCUCCUCCAAGGUGGGCAAGACGGCCAUCGUCUCCCGCUUCCUCACCGGCCGCUUCGACGACCAGUACACGCCCACCAUCGAGGACUUCCACCGCAAACUCUACAGCAUCCGCGGCGAGGUCUACCAGCUGGACAUCCUGGACACGUCGGGCAACCACCCCUUCCCGGCCAUGCGGCGCCUCUCCAUCCUCACCGGAGAUGUCUUCAUUCUUGUGUUCAGCCUGGACAACCGGGACUCCUUUGAGGAAGUCCAGCGCCUGAAACAGCAGAUCCUGGAAACCAAGUCUUGCCUGAAAAACAAGACCAAGGAGAACAUCGAGGUCCCUUUGGUCAUCUGCGGGAACAAAGGCGACCGGGACUUCUAUCGCGAGGUUGACCCCAGGGAGAUUGAGCAGCUGGUGGGCCAGGACUCCAAAAAGUGUGCCUAUUUUGAGAUCUCAGCCAAGAAGAAUAGCAGCUUGGACCAGAUGUUCCAGGCUCUGUUCACCAUGGCCAAACUGCCCAGCGAAAUGAGCCCAGACUUGCACCGCAAAGUGUCCGUCCAAUAUUGUGACCUUUUGCACAAGAAGGCCCUCAAGAGCAAAAAGCUCCUGAAGGACAGCUCGGGAGACGGGAGCGGGGAAGCCUACGGCAUUGUGGCCCCCUUUGCUCGCAGGCCCAGCGUCCACAGCGACCUCAUGUACAUCCGGGAGAAGGCCAUCCGGGGCGGGCAGGCCAAGGACAAGGAACGCUGCGUGAUCAGCUAAGGCUUUUCCCUCUGGGCUUCGGACCUUCCUGGCCAAGGGGGCGAAGAGGCUUUUUGGUAUCCAAACUCUGCCAGCCCGUCUGGUGGGCACAGGCCUUGGGCUGAGCCUGUGGAACACGGUGCCUCCUCACUCUCCAUGGGGACCUUCCUACCAUCUGCUCCCCUUGAUUAUUUUCAUUUUCGCAAGAGCGGAGGCGAGGCUGAACUGUCCAGCCAGGACCAGCAGAAGAACUGCAUCUGGAGAAGAGACAUUGCAAACUUGGUUGUGUAAAGGAGACCUUCCGUGAAGUUACUCUGCAUAUUUUGGUAGUCAAAAGACUGGGGGGAAACAGGGGGGUUGAGUGGGAGACAGCCAGUAGCUGAACUCUCCAAUUUUCUCUUGGCUGUGCCUGUGAUGCUUUCUGUGCGCUGCAUCUGAGCAUGUUGAAAAGUUUAAUCUGCUGCUGCUGAAAAUUGUCCACUGCUUUUCCUGAUCCCCUUCACCCCCAUGGUGUGGGAGCACAGAGGGAGGGGAGACCGAUGGGGAAAGCGGUUGGAAAAGUUAUCCUGUUUACAAUCCUCCUUUUUCUUGGACGUUCUUGAAAAAACAAACAAACAAACCACAUUGCAUUAAAGCCAACAGGCACUUUAUGUAUGUAGAAUUUAUUUGGUUGAUGGUCAAGAACAAAAUCGUUGCUGUUUCUACGAUGUUCAACACUGGUUCUUUGUUUUAUUUGGGGUGAGUUUUUUUUCUAUGAAAUAAAACUUUUGA